GCAAAUACACGAGUGUGGUACCUUCGCCUGCCCAUCUGGCCCUUCAAUCUGCCCCGUCACAAGCUCCUGUUCCACCAUGAAGGCGAACAUAACUGCAGCCAUAGCAGGCUUCUUCGUGCUCAUAGCGGGAGCCAGCGCCACGACGCUGACCUACAAAAUGGACCCACAUGAGCGUGCAUGUUUUUAUACUGCGGCCAAAAGUGCCGGCGAGAAGAUUGCGUUCUAUUUUGCGGUUCAGUCUGGAGGUUCUUUUGAUAUCGAUUACGAAGUAGUGGGACCAAACAAUGUGCAAAUCUUGCAAGGCCAAAAAGAGCGUCAAGGCGACUUUGUAUUCUCUGCGUCCGGUCCCGGAGAGCAUUCUUUCUGCUUUUCGAACCGCAUGUCAACGUUCACAGAGAAAGUUAUUGACUUUGAUGUCACUGCCGAACACGAGAGCCACCUUACGUCUCCGGUCGGACACGAUCUAAGUGGGAAAGAGGACGCUAAGAAGCAAGUUCGCCCAUUGGAGGAGAGUAUUGAGAAUCUGAGCGACACACUCGGUGGUAUUCAAAAGCAGCAAAAGUACUUUCGAACGCGAGAAAACAGAAACUUCGAUACUGUGAAAAGUACCCAGAAUAGGCUGUUUUGGUUUGGGACUUUAGAAGUGCUUAUGGUGGUGGGCACGAGUCUUUUCCAGGUUUUUGUUAUUCAGACCCUCUUCAACAAAAGUGGAAAGACACGAGUAUGAAGGUGGCCGGACAGUGGUUUGAGGCUGCGGCUCCAGCCCGCUAUGUAUACACAUAGAAACUCAAAUGAAAUUUACAUUGGAUCUCAUGAAUAUGGCUAUGAGUGCAAAUUAAAAACCCAAUGCCUUCAUAUUCUAUGCUGCGAGCCAUCUCGCUGUUAAAUCUCUU